GGAUGGGUUGCUGCUCCACCUGCAGCAGCAGCGGCAUGGUGGAGCAUGGUGGGAGCAACAUUGAAGAAGAACGGCAUGGCUUCCACUGACGCCGAGGUGACGCUCUAGACGAGGUGGGCGAGAGGAACGAGGCAUUGCCCUUGCCGCUAUCGGCCAUUCACACAUGCGUAAUCCAGCACACCCAGUUUGUAUUAUAAUCCCACAGUCGUCUGCUGCGUUGCAGGCUACUGCCUGCGGAAAGAUAAGUUGCUGCAGGGGCGUUGUACUUGCGAUUUGGACUUGCCGCUAGCUCCCUUUCUGUUGGCGUUGUGGCCAGCUUUGAGGAGCCUGCUUGAGGUAGCCGGGACAGCUUGUGGUCCAACCCAGCUCUGGUACUGGCUGCCUGUUUGGUUGCACUUCUAUCUCUGUAGUGGGCAUCGACCUCUUUGUAGGCAGACGGGUGAUAAGUGCCGCGGGAGGUUGGUUGUGUGUUAGUUUGAGUUUUGGGCUGUCGGUGCUUUGGAGUCCGAGCUGAAGGCAUUAGCUGCUGAAGUGAAGUGGUCCUGGUGGCUUGCAGCGGGGGAGAGUGUGGAGUUGCAAUUGAUGGUCAGCAGCUAGAUGAUAGAAAUUGAAGCUCCACAUUGUCGUGUGCAGGUUUCCGUUGAACUGCAGUAGUAGUUGAAGCUGUCGAAGCCUGCAUCGACCUUCAGGAUCAUGAAAGAAUCUCGGGUAGAGGCAGACGAAUUGUCUCGCACUUGGAAAGAUAUGCAUUCCUCCAGACCAAGGAUGUCAUGACAGUAUUCUAGCCCCCUCUCUGCCCAGCAAGCUUGUACGACUGCAGCAGAUCGUCAGAGAUGGCCAAGGGAAACCGUGAUCGGGAGUCAAGUACGGCCAAUGUCGCAAUCUUAUUUAUGGUGGUCCUGUUUUUCGUUUGCUCAGCAGGCCAGGACUUAGCAGCUGACACGAGAGCUCUUAUCACAUUCAGAAACGUGUUCGACCCCAGAGGAACUAAACUGAACUGGAUAAACACGACCUCAACAUGCAGCUGGAAUGGUAUAAUAUGCUCUCGAGACCGUGUCACUCAAGUUCGGUUGCCUGGUGAGGGGCUCACAGGCAUCAUACCUUCCUCCAGUUUGAGCUUGCUCUCAGAGCUUCGAGUUGUGAGCCUGCGCAACAACCAGUUGACAGGUCCAUUUCCUGGCGAACUGGGAAAUUGCAACCAUGUGCAUGCACUCUACCUCGGGCGCAACGAUUUUUAUGGACCCGUACCAAAUCUUACUGGAUUCUGGCCCCGGCUCACGCACUUGAGCUUGGAGUACAACAGGUUUAAUGGGACUAUUCCGGACGCGAUUGGCCUCUUCACACGCCUUCACUUGCUGAAUCUCCGCAACAACUCCUUUUCCGGAAGGAUUCCUGACUUCAAUCAGGUGAACUUAACGCUAUUUGACGUAUCCAAUAACAACUUGUCAGGGCCUGUACCAGCAAGUAUAUUCAGAUUUGGCUCAGAUCCUUUGCUGGGCAAUCCUGGCUUGUGCGGUUUCCCUCUCGCCACCGUGUGCCCGCUGGCAAUAGUACCGAGUCCCAUCCCUACUACCGAGCCAGAAGCGGGGACGACAGUGAAGCAAAAGCUGCUAUCGUCUACUGCUUUAACAGCCAUCAUUGUCGGUGGAAUUGUAUUGCUAAUACUCUUGAUCAUCGGGCUUUUUUUAUGCUUUUGGAAACGAAUCAAGAAUUGGCGGAGUUCUUCGGAACCUGCAGGACCUAGGAAAGCUCGUGAGAAAGCGCGCGACAAGGGUGUUGAGGAACCGGGAGCGGAAUUCUCCAGCUCUGUUGUAGGGGAUCUGGAGCGCAACAAAUUGGUCUUUUUUGAAGGGAAGAGGUUCUCAUUUGAUCUGGAGGAUUUGUUGCGCGCCUCGGCCGAGGUGCUGGGCAAGGGAAGCGCAGGAACGGCAUACAAAGCGGUUCUCGAGGAGGGGACCAUCUUGGCUGUGAAGAGAUUAAAAGAUGUGUCCAUUAGCAGGAAGGAUUUUGAAGCACAAAUUGAAGUAGUCGGGAAGCUGCAGCACCGGAAUCUGGUGCCUCUUCGUGCUUAUUACUUUUCCAAAGACGAGAAGCUCUUGGUAUAUGACUACAUGUCUAUGGGAAGUCUUUCCGCUCUCCUUCAUGGCAACCGAGGCAGCAGCCGCACACCUCUGGAUUGGGUGACCAGAGUAAGAAUUGCACUUGGAGCUGCAAGAGGACUUGCAUAUCUGCAUGCUCAAGGAGGAUCCAGAUUCGUGCACGGAAAUAUCAAGUCAUCGAAUAUUCUUCUAAACAGAGAUCUAGAAGCUUGUAUAUCAGAUUUUGGGCUGGCACAGUUGCUUAGUUCUACAUCUGCCUCUUCUAGAAUAAUCGGUUACCGAGCACCCGAGAUCUCCGAGACUCGUAAAGUGACUCAGCAGUCCGAUGUGUACAGCUUCGGAGUGCUACUGCUGGAGCUUUUAACCGGGAAAGCACCGGCUCAAGUUUCGAUGAACGAAGAAGGCAUCGACCUCCCAGGCUGGGUGCAAUCCGUGGUUCGAGAAGAAUGGACAGCUGAAGUAUUUGACCUGGAGCUGAUGCGCUAUCAGAACAUCGAGGAAGAAAUGGUGGGUAUGCUGCAGAUUGCCAUGCAAUGUGUUGACGCCGUUCCCGACCGGCGUCCGAAGAUGGCCGAUGUGCACCUUCUUCUCGAAGAUGUGCAUCCUUUUUCCUCUGACACUGGCGACGAAGCAUCUCGACAGUCUGAGAGCGUCUCCGAGGAAAAAUCGAAGGGUAGUGAGAAAGACCAGGACUCGGUGGAAAACACCCCGUCCUUUCACCAGACGCCGUCAGCCCCAUCGUCUGAUUCUCACAAUCCUUCCGAGCGCCCUGACGUGUAGAGAAAUCCGAUUCCUCUGUGUUUUCCUUUUGUCGAGCUUGUGGCAUCGAGACUCAUUGACAAAUUGUUGUUGUAGUAGUAGUAGUCAUUCGCAUGUUGAUCGGAUGUACAUAAUGUGGACGACUGACAUCAUUGGUGCGAUCUGAUAAACAACAUUCAAGCCGAGACUGAUUGUUUUAAUAAUAAGUUUGUGUAAUUGAUUCAUUAUUGAACAUU